CUUAACGAAUUGUUGUUUGUAUUUCAAUUCUUUUAAUUUACUUAUGAAAAUAACUAAAUCUGAAUAAUUUGUAUUACUUUGCGUUACUUUGGUUUCUAUACGUAUAAUACCAUGAUACCAGCAAGAUUUCAGGCUGGACAAUCUUCAGCUAUACGUAAAUCACGAUUGGAUAGACCAUCAUUAUUACCAAAACCCCGGAGGCCUGGUUCUACGGACCGAUUGUCGACAGAGGCUCGUAGGCCGAGCACAACAGGCCACCGAUCCAGCAGUGCGGAUCCCCCUCGGACUACAUUUGGUGGUAGACUUAGUAGAGAGGCAUCGGCCACGAAGCUCCCUCUCAAUGGGAGGUCCAGAUCACAGCAAGGAGAUAGAUAUGGACAAUCAACGACAACUCCGCUGCGUUCCAGCCAUUAUUUAAGACCAACCACCACACCUGUUAGAACACCUUCAGAAGAUCGCGCAACUCGUAGCUGGCAAACCUCACUGGAUAGAGCACUGGCUUUUGUCACUAUCAAAGAUCAGAGGCAGGUGUCGUCGGCGGCGUGGCAGCGCGCGGCGCUGUCGCGGGUGGCGGAGGCGCUGGCGGCGCGCGGGGAGGCCGGGCAGGCCGGGCCCGGGGUGCUGCGGCCGCUCACCAUCGCGCGCUUCGUGCACAUCGUGGGCGGCCUGCUGCUGCCGCUCAUGAGGGACGCCAAGCUCAACACAGACAACUACGUCGCCAAGCUACCACACGUGUCGAAGCGGCUGCUGUACCCUGGAACGGUCUCCAAGUCGUGGCUGAAGACCGUGAACACGCUGCACGCGUUCCCGCACGCACUCGCACUCAUCUCGUACCUGCUAGAUCUCGUCAACCACGUGGAGUUACCAGUCACUGAUGAAUGGCUGUAUAUCGGGAAGGAUGAGUUAUCGAGCUUGCGACGCGAUUACCUCUCGAAAUGCUGGAUUAGGUUUCAAGACCCUGGACACAAGUUUGAAGACUUGAAUGAGGAGUAUUUGCAGAACUUGAAGGCAUUACUUGGCAAUGAUGAUGAGAAGAUUAAUGAAUUAGAACAAAUUAUACAGCAGUACCGCGCGUGCCUGGAGGACGAGGCGGAGCUGGCGGCGCGCGCCGACGAGGAACGACGCAGCGCGCGGCGGGACGCGCUCCUCGCAGCCCUGCGAGCGCAGCGCGCCGCCCGCCGGGAGCUGCGGGCCCGCGCCGCCGCCCUGCACGCCGCCGCCGCGCACGCCGCCGCCGUCUGCGGACAGCUCGACGCAGACGCAGACCGCGCCAAUGCACAGAACAACGAGCUGCGUCGAGAGCUUGAAGAGCAGACGAUGAGCGUCACCGAGCGAACCCGGCUGCUGGAUGAAGUAGACUACGCGCUUAGAGUGCAGGACUCCAAGCGGGCACUCGCUGACCAAAUUGCCAAGAUGGUACUGAGCAAAGAGACAGAACUGGCACUGUGGCAGAAGAAGACCCUGGACAGCUGCGUGGAGUACAAGCAGGGGCUCAUACACCUGUCGGCCCAGUUCCCUGAUCUAGCCAAAUUGGCCAUCGAUGAAAAGGAGCUGAUGGAGGCGGAAUGUGCGACUAGAGUGACCGAGGCGUCAGCCUCACUGCGCGCGCUCGAGAGCUCGCUGCUGGCUCGCCGCGCGGCCAUAGCCCGCGAGCGAGCCGCCGGCGGCAGGAGGCGCGCCGCCCUGCUGGAAGAAACCCGUACAAAAAUCGCCGAUAUCAAAGCACUUUUGCAACGAGAGCAACAGUCUCUUGAGACGGAAACGUCAAAGGAGACGGCAGAAGCUGCAGCCUGGUCGGUACAGGAGCAGGAGGUGUCGAGCCGACUGGAGGCCCUGAAGAGCCAUCAGGAAGAAUAUGCGAAGGUCGACAGUGAACUCGACUUUUGGGAGAAGCAAGAUGUCGCUUGGCGUACUAGGGUGUCUGAACUGCAGCAGUAUGUAGCAACGCAACAGGGUGAAAUGCAGCGCGUGCUGCAAGCAGCUCGCGAGCGGCGCGUUCAGCUCGUACAGUCUUCCCUUGCCACUUGGAAUCAAGCGCUGCAGCGCUGACGGGGCGGCGAACU